AAUUAAUUGAAAAGUCUCUAUAAAAUAACUGUUAAUAUAAUUAUAUAUAUUUAUAGCGCUUAUAAGCAGCGGCAGUGGCGGGGGUUCGCCAUCACCUCCAGCGAGUAUCAAUCUAUUGGCUGUCAAUAAUUAUAACGAGUGUGAGGGCAAAGACACAAAUAACUACACAUUCAUCAGGACCUGGUCUCAGACCCUUCCCUGUACUGAUGACAGGGAUGGCACCGCAUGGGUUGGUAGUAAUGAUACGCUAAGUGCCUGUCCACCUAACGGCCCCCGUGUUGUAUACCAAUUGGAAAAGUUAGCCAACUCGACAUACCCACAGGGAGCAUUCGUACAAAUAGAGACACUGUAUUUGGUAGUAAGUGGUCAGGGACCUUUGCAGGGAAAGUAUGUCUACUCCAAAUAUAUUAUACUACUGGAUGUGUAUCAGAAAGCGUGUACUACGGUAUUGGGGUUGGGCUACACGUCCACUAACAAUGCCGUCCUAUUGAUUAGCGAUAAUUUAAAUCUUAAUGUCUUUGUAUCGCCUGCCGGUGCUUACGACCAGUUUAAAAAGGGCUGCACCACUGUAUGCAAGGGAUCGGGAUUCACUGUAUAA